UUCUGCAUUUUAAAUUGUCAAUUUAAUCACCCCAAAAUUCUCAAGAUGUUCUCUGUAAAAAACAUCCCUUCAACGACAUCAGUCCUCUCCACAUACACUACAUUCACCGCAUCGGCCAUGCUGGCCCGAAGCGUGGUUAGGGAGGUUCAAGCCAUAACCGCGCAGGUUAUCCCGGAACAACUCCAAAACCUGUUACUGUCGAAACUCAGAGGCUUUUGUUCAACUUCUUCCCAGAUGACUCUCCUCAUCAAUGAAUAUGAAGGGUACUGCCUCAAUGAACUGUAUGAAGCUUCGACGACCUACUUACAGACGAAAAUCACAGCGUCGAUGAAGAGGCUUAAGGUUUCCAAGGCUCCGAGAGACAAUAAAGUAACUGUAACCAUUCAAAGAGGCGAAAAGGUUCUCGACAUGUACGAAGGAAUCCAACUCAAAUGGGAAAUGUGUUAUGUUGAGAAAAAGGAAAUGAAUCAUCAAGGAAAUGAUGAAAAUAAAGUGUUUGAGCUCAGUUUUCAUAACAAAUGCAUGGAAAUGGUAAUAAAUUCUUACUUGCCAUAUGUAAUUGAGAUGUCGAAAGCCAUCAAAGAAGAAAAGAAGGUGGUGAAACUCCUUUCACUCGGACACUUUGGUGAAGACAGCGAUGGAACAUGGGGAUCGACCAAUCUCGACCAUCCGGCCACUUUCGAUAAACUGGCAAUAGACCCUGCAGUCAAGAAAGAGAUACUCGACGACUUGGACAGAUUUGUUCGAAGAAGGGAUUACUACAAAAGAGUAGGAAAAGCAUGGAAACGCGGGUACUUAUUGUAUGGUCCUCCCGGGACAGGGAAGUCGAGCUUGAUUGCUGCCAUGGCCAACUACCUAAAAUUUGAUGUCUAUGACCUCGAACUCACUAGCAUUUACGACAACUCGGAACUCCGAAGGUUGUUGGUUUCGACCAAAAAUCGAUCAAUGGUUGUGAUUGAGGAUAUCGAUUGCAGCAUUGACCUCCAGAAUAGACAAGAUGAGAGGUCUGGGCCUGGUACUGAUAACAAGAUAACUUUAUCAGGGUUGCUUAAUUUCAUCGACGGGCUAUGGUCAAGUUGCGGAGACGAGAGAAUAAUAGUGUUUACAACAAAUUAUAAAGACAAGCUUGACCCGGCUUUGCUAAGGCCGGGUCGAAUGGACAUGCAUAUCCACAUGUCCUACUGCACCCCUAGUGGAUUCAGGGUCCUUGCUUCUAAUUACCUAUGCAUCACUCAUCAUAAUCUGUUCGAUGAAAUUGAUGAAUUGAUGGUGGAAGUGGAGGUAACUCCUGCAGAAGUUGCAGAAGAGCUUAUGAAGAGUGAAGACACUGACAUUGCCCUCGAAGGACUCAUCGAGUUCCUUCGGGACAAGAAAGUGCGAUCUGAAGAUCGUGACUCCGAUCGCAAAGAAGCAGGUUUAGAUAGGUAAAUCCGUUCAUACUAAAUUGAAUUUCAAGACAUGGUUUUCUACCUACAUGAAAUCUAGUGGCAAACACCAUUGCAUUGCUUGGUGAUAUGUAUUUAGCAUUGCAAAAGGUUUUGAAUAAUAUUUUCAGCUUGUCUAAAUUAUA